UUCUAUCUAGGCUCCCGAGCAAGGCUAGGGCGGCCAUCGGUCACUUGGGAAUGUGAACGAGUAACGAGAGUCCCUUCGCAUGUUCAACGUGGAUAUCGUUUAAGCACCUUCUACCAGAAGUACUUGCACGCAUUCGGUAUACCUGUCAUAAGUUCCAAUAGAGUUCAGAAUGAUGCACUAAAGAGAGCAUGCUACGUUGUUGUAUUUCUAUUCGCCGACCGCCAAGAUAUUCGCUCGUGGUUUUACAAGCGUUAUGGACGUGCAGGUGUGAUUGCCUACAGUGAAGGUGUCACGAGUAUUCCUGAGCACUCGUGGCUCGGAAGCUGGUGGAACCAACGGGCAAGGGGAUUAGGGGCGACCAUUAGACAUCCAAUAUCUACAGGUAAGAACAUGCUCUCUUAAGAAACUUGUUAAGAAUUUGUGACAUAAAAUUUAGUCUAGAUUGUCAGAAAGGCACUCUAUAACCCUGCUCUAUCGUAUUAUGUACAAUCGAGCAAGAGACCAUUUUUCAACCCAUGCUAUGUAGAGAAAGCGCAGUUACCUUUAGGCAGCUGGUGAUAAAUAUUCCUUCAACCCUUUAAAUCCUAUGAGUGACUAAGACAGAAUUUCUCCUUACAGUAUCAAGACAAUAUAAGGCAGGAAAGUGAUGAGAAAAAAGAAAAAUAUCAGUUAGGGGAUUAUAAGUUGAUCCAAUACCAGGGGUUAAAUUUCUGAUCGUAGCUACUCCAUGUAAUUAUGUAUCACAGAAUCGUCUUUGUUUUUUUUCUUUUGGUUUUAUACGGGGAUACUGCCCUAAAGCUUAAGCUGAUUAGCUCCGCGUGAAAAUUAUAUUACUUCUUUGCUGGAUGAUGUAUUGAAAAUGUGAAGCCAACGAACUCUGCAAUGAGGUUGGAGGGUUUUUCUUUUAUUCGAAAGAAAUAUUCCGUUAGAAUCAUUCCGACAUUGUAUUAUUAAUGUGAGGCUUUGGUUUCAUUCCAGGUGGAGAAGAAAACCUUCUUUGCGACAGAAGGAGAGACCGCUAUCCCAGAGAGGACAUUUUCCUUCACGAGUUUAUUCACGGACUACAUAACUUAGGAAUAGCCUCAAACGGUGCAAUUCCAAACUUCGAUGGCAGGCUGCGCCAGCGAUACAACUACCUGAGACAGACAGGCGCGAGAUGGAGAAAUACCUACGCUAUGUCUACUGACCGGGAGUAUCUCGCCGAAGGUGCCCAGAGUUUUUUUGAUUGCAACGAUGAACAGAUUCCAACAAACGGAAUCCACAACCACGUCAACACCAGGAUAGAGUUGGCGAGUUACGAUCCAGUACUUUAUGGAUUUCUCCUGGAGAUUUUCCCUUGUCGGAACAAAUAUGUAAAGCGAUGCGAUUGGCGAAGGGGUGAGUUACAAUUUCUCAUAAAUUAUAAAUUGUAACAGCUUUCUUUUAAAUAAACCUUUUGUGAAAUAACGAGAAUGGGCCUCGAAUAAGCCAUAAGACCGUGCAAAAAAACAGAGAAAACUGUGCUGCUGAACUGUUCAUAGAACUUUCAAACCUGAUAAUCCUUAGGCAACUGAUCACUGAUUUUAGUGUUCAAUUUUGUUUCUUUGCGAAUGAAAGUUUCCUCUAUAGACCGAGGUGUUAGUCUAGUCUAGCAGACAGACUAGUAUUCCGUCAUAACCAUACUCUAUUCGCCGCAUGUAGAUGAAAUUGCGAUAAGCUUCUGCAGAAAAGCGGUAGUAGGUGUGUAAGACCUAUGUGCUUCUUGCUUCCAGUAUUGCGUUUUAUCUGUUGGUUUAUGCUGUAAAUUGCGUUAAAUAGGAUUGAGUUUCAUACGUUGCUUGGUGUUGAUUGACAACACUGAUGUACGUUUCUAUGGGCCACGUCGAUACCAGGGAUGAGGUGUGUUUGUGUAUGUUUAGUGCACGUGUUGCCAAAGAGUCUUCCAUGAAGGUAACUGUAGUUUGCCAACGGAAAAGUGUUUCAGGGUGGUCAAUCGACACCUUGAUUUUUCUUUCUUGCCUGGGUGGCUUUGUAUCAUUUUCGAUAAUGACAGAGAGGCAUCAGAAAUUUACUUGCAUCUAAGUGGCUUAUUGUGUUAAAACUACCUCUGAAAAGAAACUCGCGAUACCUGUGAUAUAUAUACUUUCUCCAAACGUGUCCGUUUUCUAACAUAGACUUUGAUGGAUUUGUUCUUAGGAAAUAGGCAAGUUCGCUUCAAAAUGAACUGUGACAGAAGUAAGUUUCUUUAACUUAUUCAUUUAUGGAGCUAGUAAUUAGGUAUCUCUUCAUUUGCUUGUUUGUUUGUUUUUUAAAAUUUUUUUUUUAAAAUUUAUUUAAUUAUUUAUUUGCAGUGAGGCACAGCAUCUGUCCAUUAAAGAUCGCUUGCGCUAAAGAAAUCUGUCUCGAAUAUUUUACAGCCCUUAUUUUGUAUAUUCUCGAUACCUUCCCCUUUUGAAUCUUCCUGCCACAUCCUACAUCAGUCCCCUUUAAUUUUCAAACACGUGUCAAAUAUUGUUUUUUUGCUUUUGUCAAAUAUCACGAUCAUCAUCCCCACAUCAAUUCAUUAUAUAUCAUCUUCAUUUCUUAGGUGGCAGAGGAACCCUGAUGGAUUUUCAUACGAAGCGACCUGUAGGAUCGAAACCACCAACGGCAUCCCCGCCCAACACCACUCCUCCUCCGGCUCCCAAUACUCCCCCAGCUCCUAACACCCCUCCACCCCCUAAAACAUCUCCCCACCCAAACACCCCACCUGCCCCAAAUACCCCUCCCCCACCAAAACCUCAAACUCCUCGACCACCAGGUGAGCAAGGUCAUGUGUUUUUUAGUCGCUCCGUGUGCAAAUUAUGAUAUAUUAUGAUUGAGAUAUAGAUGCUUCAUUUGAGAACAAAUACUACUUUAAGGACCUGACUACCAAAUUGCACCGUCAUGUGGUGUCAAUCUUAGAGAGGAAAAAAUGACAGAAGAAAAAUUUAUCUCGUGUUUUUAUCUGCGAGAGUAAGUUAGAGCUGAAAUCAAUUGAAAACCCACAAGGGUGCAUUGUGUGUGGGAGUAGUUUCGUCUGUUCGUUCUAUAUUUUUGGCCUUUGAUCGUGUUGGCGUCACUAUACCGAGCUGUAAAACAUCUUUAAGAGAUAAAUAAAGACUUAAAUGUCUCGUUUUUACAGUGAAUUGCAAAGAUCUCCAUUUUAGCUGCCCUUCUUGGGCAAGGAGAGGCGAAUGCACACGCAACCCAGGAUACAUGUUAAAGAACUGUAUGAAAAGUUGCAACAAGUGCAGUGGAGGUGGAGGAGGUAAGUAUUGUCUUUUACCAACCAUAAACCAUUAUGAUAAUCGUCUUGGUCUCGGGAUCGAUUGUGCUACUCAUGCGUAUGAAAUGUGUAUCGAGCGCGUAGUCUGA